GGUCCCUGCUGUGGAAUAACAUACCCAUGAGGAUCAAUCAGAGGCAUUUGCAAGCAGAUCUGCUGCUGUCUGAAGCUCACCAAAGUCGAGCUCUGUGGGACCAGCAAAUGGAAGAGAUUUCAGAGGCAUCCCAUCCUGGGAGAUGUUCUUCCCACACACCAACCUUGCGUGUAUGAAAGGAUUCAAGCAGAUAUGUACCUGUUGGACAAGCAGAGGAGUUGCUUCAUUCCUAUGGACCCCAAAUUGAAUUCAGCAUACAUAUAUUUUAUACUAAUACAUUUUAUUGAAGUACUAAUUAAAUGUUACUUGUUAACCUGAAACCAUGGGCAGAGACAUUAUGUAACCUUUGACCAUUGGCUACUGUGCUUAUCUUAUCUUGCCGCUAGAUCUAUCGGGGUUUGGGACUACUUACCCAGUCACUUCCCCCCCCCCCCAUGGAGAAUCCAUAUAAUCCAUUGUAAUGAAUUCAUUGACAGUGUCUCGGGGGACUACUUACCCAGUCACUCCCCCCCCCCCCAUGGAGAAUCCAUAUAAUCCAUUGUAAUGAAUUCAUUGACAGUGUCUCUGAGCCCGAUAAGCAAGGUGACACUCCACCAGCGCUGUGCAUAAUAAACUCCUGUGCUUGACUUCUACAUGGUAUGGAUUUAUGUUCCUUUUUCCACCUCCCUGAGAGGUGGUAGCUAGGUUGAUGGAAUAUUUUUUCCAUUGAUCUAGCUGUGUCUAUGUUGGGGGUUUUUCAGAUUAAUUAUGGCGCUUCAGUGAUUUAGCCAGGUUGAUCUAAAUUUUAAGGAUAGGUCAGGCCUUAAACUUUCCGAUCAUUUGUAGUUGCAGUUCUGUUAAAAUCAAAGUACUAGCACGACAUUACCAAUAGUUCUAAAAUAAUCCUCUACAGCAGCAGCAUGAUCUUGAAUGUUCAGCCCCUACACAGGGCCUGCAGGAUUCAUUUCACUAAUCAUUCUAACAGCCACUUUUCAGAUGAAAUGUGCCAGCUGUUUAACAGCACGGAGCAACUAUUAGGCAAGCAGUUAGGGCAGGAGUACUGUAUCCCACUGAAUCUGCAGAGAUGGUUUGACAUGGGAUAGUUGCCUGAUUUGAGCAAGACACUGAAGUUAAUACCCCUACUCAUUGCAAAAGAGUCAUGGGAUCUUUAGUGACCACUGGAGUCAAGACCUUAUUUUUGCUCUCUUUUCCCUCUGGACUCUAUUCCUUGUGUCCAGUGUUUCCUCCGUGGAGAAGGAAAGAGAUCAUGUGGCAUACAAUGUUGAUCUGUUUUUUAAAUAACUGAUCAAAAUAUAGGAGUAAGACAUUAGAGAAUAUUUUAAAAAUAAAGUUUUCUGAAAUUUAUUUCAUUUGCAUCACUGCCUUGUCUCCACUAGGGGGCCCCCAGAGAUCUCCAGAAUGGCUUCAACAUCGCUCCUUCUUCCUUUAAAUUCUUUGAAAUAAGGUUCUACACAUAGAAAGUUCCACAAAUCUUCUGAGGGAGUACUAGAUGGUAAUGCUAACUUCAGCGCUAUGCGUCCCAGGCUGGUGAUGUAACUGCACGAGAGAACUUCGGGCAAACUUCACCAUGGGCGCAAACACCUCCAGCAAGCCACCGGUCUUCGAUGAAAAUGAAGAGGUGACCUUCGACCACUUUGAAAUUUUGCGAGCCAUUGGGAAAGGCAGCUUUGGAAAGGUCUGCAUUGUACAGAAGAAUGACACCAAGAAAAUGUACGCUAUGAAAUACAUGAACAAACAGAAGUGUGUGGAGCGUAAUGAAGUGAGAAAUGUGUUCAAAGAGCUGCAGAUUAUGCAGGGCCUGGAACACCCCUUCCUGGUUAAUUUGUGGUACUCAUUCCAAGAUGAGGAGGACAUGUUCAUGGUGGUGGAUCUUCUUCUUGGAGGGGAUCUGCGUUAUCAUCUACAGCAAAAUGUCCGAUUUCAAGAAGGCACUGUGAAACUCUUCAUCUGUGAACUAGCAUUGGCACUAGACUAUCUCCAGGGCAGACACAUCAUCCACAGGGACAUGAAGCCUGACAACAUCUUACUGGAUGAGCAUGGACAUGUGCACAUCACAGAUUUCAACAUUGCCACGAUACUGACUAAAGGGAUGCAGGUUACCACUAUCGCUGGCACAAAGCCAUAUAUGGCACCUGAGAUGUUUAACUCAACAAAAUCUACUGGCUAUUCCUUUGCUGUUGACUGGUGGUCUUUAGGAAUUACUGCCUAUGAGCUACUUAGAGGCCGGAGGCCCUAUCACAUUCGCUCCAACACAUCGACAAACGAAAUUGCUCACGUGUUCAGGACAGCUACUGUAAUGUAUCCUGCUGCUUGGUCUAAAGAAAUGAUGUCGCUACUCAAAAAGUUGCUUGAGCCAAAUCCCGAGGCACGGUUUUCUCAGUUGAAAGAUAUCCAGGACUUUCCGUAUCUCGCUGAUAUUAACUGGGAUGCAGUCCUACAGAAGAGGAUAAUGCCAGGAUUCAUUCCCACUAAAGGUAGACUGAAUUGUGACCCAACCUUUGAACUUGAAGAAAUGAUCCUGGAGUCCAAACCUCUUCAUAAGAAAAAGAAGCGCUUAGCUAAGAAGGAGAAAGACACCAACAAAAGCUAUUCUUCACAGGGCUGCCGUCUUCAGAAGCACCUGGAGUCACUGCAAAGGGACUUCAUUGUUUUCAACAGAGAAAAGAUGAGGAGACACCACAAUGAAAUCCAAGAGAAUAUAACACUGGCACAAACCAAAGACCCGGAAGAAGAAGACAACCAGAACAACAACCUUUGAUCUCACUUAGCCUCUGCCCUGGUGUGUUCCCCAAGGGUUCACACCUACACAUGUUCACGGAGCUUGGUGAAUAGAAUUACCCACUGAUAAAAGGACAAUGCACAUACCCCAGCACAGGGCGUCUAAGCCAGAAAUGUGUGCACCUUUCUUUUCCUCCUUCCACCUUAAGUCAGUGGAUACAGGGGGCCAGGGAGAGGUCUUUAGUAGUGCCCCUGCAAAUAGCCUGCCAAAAUAAACAAGAGUCAGAUCCUCCUCCUCUGCCGGAGAUGGUUACAGGAAUUUGACCACAAGAAGAUGUGGUCUCUUUUUCAGAAGAGACCCUGAGUGCAGGAAGGAGGAGCUUAUCCUUGUGGGGCAGGAUGCCUGCUGGCACAACAUUUAGGUAUUGAGUGCCUAGUGUAAAUCUGGGCGAGGGAUCAGUUGAUUGCCAGUGGGAAGCAACAGAAGGGUAUUUAAUGCAUAAUUAGGUCUGUCACAUAGACUCAAUAUUAGAGAUGAGCCGGCAGCAGAUUCACAGACCCAAACUCUUUGGAAGUUUGGAUUUUGACAUGAGCCUCAUAGCUUAGACUCAUCUCUAAUUGUUAGAGGCAGAAGGGGCUGCUCUCAACUGCCGGGCUUGUAUUUAAUCUGCAGCAUACAGAAGACAGGACCUUUGCUUCCAGCAGGGUCUCUUUCUAAUAUUUCUUUAGUCUGUGGUAGGGAAAUGAUCUAGUUCCUCAAUAUGAGGAAAAGGCAAUAAUGGUUUCUUAUGUUUCUGUUUUGCUGUCUCUGAUGAAAUUCCCUAGCUUCCCUGACUUUAUGCUAUUGGGCAGGGCUGGCUCAGCAAUGGCUAAGAACAUAUGAACAAUGGGGACUGGGACGGAACCUACUAAUUUGGGUCAGAAAAGGAAGAGGUAGCAGUUCUCUAUUGCUGGAUAACACGCUAGGGUGGAUGCUUCACUAGCAGAUAAAGUUCACCACUGGCAUAAGCAGAUGCAACUCCAUUGAAUCCAAUGGGAUUGUGGCCCCCUUUGGUCCCCUUACACCAGAGGUAAAUUUGGUUAUGCAUCUUUAAGUGUGAUAGAACAUCAACUUUGUAGUCUCAAUUUACCUUUCGCUAAGGUGUUAGACGUGAACAUUAUGGACCAAAUUCAACCCUGGUCUAAGCAGCCACAAUACCCAAUGGUAACUGCACCAUCUUACACCAAGGCUGAAAUUGGCCAAAGCACCUGGUUUAUAGUCAUGCUGUGAUUGACACUAUCUUUUUAAAGGUUUCAGAGUAACAGCCGUGUUAGUCUGUAUUCGUAAAAAGAAAAGGAGUACUUGUGGCACCUUAGAGACUAACCAGUUUAUUUGAGCAUGAGCUUUCGUGAGCUACAGCUCACUUCAUCGGAUGCAUAGCAUAUCGUGGAAACUGCAGUUUCCACGAUAUGCUAUGCAUCCGAUGAAGUGAGCUGUAGCUCACGAAAGCUCAUGCUCAAAUAAACUGGUUAGUCUCUAAGGUGCCACAAGUACUCUUUUUCUUUUUAUCUUUUUAAAGAUUAGGGCCCUGAGUUCUCACCUUCUUGUUUUGCUUGUCUUACUCUCACUGUGUGUUAAACUGUCUCCCAUCUGCCCAAAGCCGUUCUUUGUAUCCCCCUGCGACUUCCUUUCUCUCCCUGUCUGAAUCUGGUCAAAUAGAGGUCUGAAUAAAAACAAGAUAUGAGACUUCUUCCCAGACAA